GUUUCCUUGGGAACAUCAAAGGGAGACGCGAGAUUGGUGUGUGUUGCGCCGUGUUGUUGUUGCACGGAUUUGUUCACCAGCAAAUCUUUUUGCAAAUUCAUGUGAAGAUAAUACGUGCCUGAUAUCAAUAAAUUUACUCAAGUGAUUUUAACUACCAACAAUCCAGCUGUGACCCAACAUGUCUCACUUCAAUUUGACGCAUCUUGGGUAUCAAGAUCCCAUUCGAGAGAAGGUUUUGCAGCCCAAUCCUGACUACCGUUAUCAACUUGUUCAAGACAUUCCCAAAGGUUCCUAUGUAACUUUCAGGCCGCCCACAUCAAAGCUACCCCCGAUCGACAUGCACAAAUACAACAAAGUGAUUAAACCUGGAAGUUAUGAAGAACAUGGUGGAUCGUAUGUGAAAUUUACAGAGCGACUUCACAAGCAUACACGGACAGCCAGUGCUCCCAAUGAGUUGAACCGACCGACCAUGACAACUUCUCAAGUACCAGGAUGGUGGAGCCAAAAAGACAGUCCGAUCAGUCAAAGGGAACCAUGGACGUACACACCAAGGAGAGUUAUGGUCAACAGUGAAAUGACAAGAUUUGUAAAUGAAAUGAGUUUGACCAACAGAGAAUUCUCGCUCUUCUAGUCUUCUAUGAUUGCCGCUGAAGCAAGAUGACACUCAGAUUCGGGCCUUCAAAUUCACUUCUCAUACUUUCAUCAUGGGGUGGGUUGGUGCAGCAAUAUACAGCCUGUUACAAACCUACUCAAUGUUUGUGCUAGGCCUGGAAUUUCAUCUUUAAGAGGGCAAGGCCAUUUUUGAUUUUGCAGAGGGCACUUCCAUUGGAAAAUCUUA